AUGGCCGGCCCCGCGGCGGCGCUCGCGGCGGCUGGGUGGGGGUGGGCGGCGCUCCACCCAGACUCCCUGGCGCUGGCGCGCGCGAUGGUGGUGCUGUUUGCCAUCUCGUGUGACUAUCAAAACCUCGGCCGCGCCUCGGCGCUCGGCCGCGCGCCCCGCGGCCCCGCCGCCGAGGCCGACUGGCGGCGACGCCACAAGCGCGCCGCGCGGCGCGUCGCGCCGCUGAUAGGUGACCUCCCGCUGGCGCCGCCCCUGGCCCCACUGCUGGGCGUGCUUGGACGAACUGCCGUGGUCGCAGGUGCGGCCGCCGGGGGCGCCGCGGGGGCGCACGCGCCUGGCGACUGCUGGUGGCUUGGCGGCGGAGAAAGCGGCGGGGCGGCAGGCGAGGUGGCCGCGGCGGCGGCGCCGCGGCUGGUUGUGUCGGCUGCCCUGGACUUGGGGCCGGCGCAUGGGCCUGAGGCGGAGGCGUCGUCUCAGCUUGGCAGGAAGGAUUUGAUCAACUUAAUUUACGGCGACGGCAGCAGCAGCACCAUCAGCAGCAGCAUCGGCAGCAGUGGCGUCGGUAGCGGCGGCGCACUGCGGCCGCGGGUGGAGACCUCGGAGGGGGCCCCUAUGGCGCGGCUUGACGGCGGCGCGCGCAAGGGCGGCCGCGGGGCCGCCGCCCGCGGCGGCGGCAGCGGUGGCGGCGGCAGCGGCAGCGGUGGCGGCGGCGAGAGUGACGAGGAAACGGUGGAUGCGGUCAUGGUUAUUGCGGGCGGCAGCAGCGGCGGCAGCGCGCCGCCCAGCGUGGCUGGCGACGGGGGCCCCACGGGGACUCUCGCGCCACCGCCCCUGCCGCCGCGGCGCGAGCGCGGCGUGGCCGGCGGGGUGGGCGGCGCUGCGGCGAUAGCGCCGAUGUGCGGCGCUGGGGAGGCGGACGACCCGCUUGCUUUCCUGCAGCACCUACCCCUGUAUGGUCGUGACGACCACGCCACUUUGGUGGCCGCCGCCGCGGCGUCGCCUACAGCCACCACCCCCGCCGCCGCGGCGCCGCCGCUGCCGCGGCUGGCGGCCGCCGCCGACGCGCUCGCGCUCGCGGCGCGCGGCGUCCAGCUGUCGCUGAUAUUCGCGCCCUUCAUCUGGCUCGGCCUGCCCAUCCUGGCAUGCGCGGCGUUCCUCUCGUCGCGCGCUGCCGCGGCGGAGCGAGCCGGGCGGGCAGCGGCAGGUGUUGGGGCGGCGCAGCGCGGCGGAGGGGCGGGUAUGUGGGCAGCAGUCUGGUCGAUGGUCGCUGCGGCACUCGAGUUUCUGUUGAUCCUGCUCGUCUGCGGCCGCUGCGCGCGGCCAUCCCCCUCGCCCGCGCCUGGCGCCGCCGCCGCGGCGCUUUCGCUGCGCCGCGCGGCGUGGCGGCUGCUGCUUGGCAGCUGCUCGGCCGGCGGGCCGAGCUGGAUCAAGUGGGCGCAGUGGAGCAGCAGCAGGAGGGACCUGUUCCCCGACGAUUUCACAGAGAUUAUGGGGUCCCUCCAUGACGGCGCGCCCAAGCACUCGGCUGAUUACAGUUUCAGGGCAAUAGAGGCUGCGUUUGGGCGGCCGGCGGGGGAGCUGUUUGAGGAUUUCGAGGCGGAGGCGGUCGCGUCGGGCAGCAUUGCGCAGGUGGGGGUGUGA